AUGUCUGCCGAAGACGAACUCAUCGACUACUCCGACGACGAGCUCAACACCAACGAGGCCGCCGCUCCCGCCGCGGGUGCCAAGGAAGGUGAUCUUGCUGGUGCCGGCAACGGUGUCGAUAAGAAAGGCAGCUAUGUCGGCAUUCACUCGACUGGAUUCCGGGAUUUCCUCUUGAAGCCAGAACUUCUCCGCGCCAUUGCCGAUUGCGGCUUCGAACAUCCCUCGGAGGUUCAGCAGACAUGCAUUCCCCAAGCCAUGCUCGGCGGUGACAUCAUCUGCCAGGCCAAAUCUGGUCUGGGUAAAACUGCUGUCUUCGUCCUCACCACUCUCCAGCAAGUCGAGCCCGUUGCUGGCGAGUGCUCUGUUCUGGUCAUGUGCCACACUCGUGAGCUGGCUUUCCAGAUCCGCAACGAGUACAACCGGUUCAGCAAGUACAUGCCCGACAUCAAGACCGGAGUCUUCUACGGCGGCACCCCCAUCCAGAAGGAUGCCGAGAUCCUCAAGAACAAGGAGACCCACCCGCACAUCAUCGUCGGCACCCCGGGUCGCCUGAAUGCCCUGGUCCGUGACAAGAACCUCCGUCUUGGCAGUGUUCGCAUCUUCGUGCUCGAUGAGUGCGAUAAGAUGCUCGACCAGAUUGACAUGCGUCGGGACGUGCAGGAGAUUUUCCGUGCUACUCCCCAGCAGAAGCAGGUGAUGAUGUUUUCGGCAACUCUGUCGGACGAGAUCAAGCCUAUCUGCCGCAAGUUCAUGCAGAACCCAACGGAGCACUACGUCGAUGAGGAUACCAAGUUGACUCUGCACGGCCUCCAGCAGUACUACAUCCCGCUGGAGGAACGGGAGAAGAAUCGUAAGCUCAACGAGCUUCUUGACGAGCUGCAGUUCAACCAGGUCAUCAUCUUCGUGAAGAGCACUCUCCGUGCCACCGAGUUGGACAAGCUCCUUCGGGAAUGCAACUUCCCCUCUAUUGCAGUGCACUCUGGUGUCAGCCAGGAGGAACGCAUUCGGCGGUACAAGGAGUUCAAGGAGUUCAACAAGCGCAUCUGCGUCGCCACCGACGUCUUCGGUCGUGGUAUCGACAUCGAGCGAAUCAACUUGGCGAUCAAUUACGAUCUGCCAUCUGAGGCUGACUCCUAUCUCCAUCGUGUCGGUCGUGCCGGUCGUUUCGGUACCAAGGGUCUGGCCAUCUCCUUUGUUACCACCGACCAGGAUAAGGAGGUGUUGAAGUCCAUUGAGAAGCGUUUCGAAGUCGCCCUUCCUGAGUUCCCCAAGGAGGGAAUUGAUGCCUCGACAUACAUGGCAUCCUAA